CGUCCGUGCGGAUAUGACGGCGAGGAGGCGGUGCAGCGCCCAACCAGCGAUUCGCUCAGAUGACCCACCCACCCGCCAUCAUCCACCAACUCCAGUUCUCUCCUGCUGGACGUACGCCAGCGCUCCACGCUCCACGCCGUUCCUUCACCCGCACCGACCACUGCACCCUCGACUUGCGCAUACUCACGACGACGUCCACGGGCGUGUUCUGGAUGCCGGCGAUAUGACGCCCAGUAGCUGCCGCCUCGUUCCCUUCUCGACUCUGCUGCUGGCUUGGGCGGGCUUUGCGCUGGCCGGCGACACCAUCACAUCCGGGAAGAUCAAAGUACAGCUGUUUGCUGCGCCUUCGUUCUUGAGCGAAGUUAGUGUGGACGCGUAUAAUAACCAGUGUCUAUCGUUGGAUAAUAAUCUUAUCGAUGGGCGCGUACAGAGCAUUUUAGUAGGCGGGCAUGAUGUCGCGACUGUGUUGGCCAGGGAUGAUUACUGGAAUUGCCGCUUCUAUGACAACUAUGACUGCGAUGGCGACGACAAUCUGGACCGGUACCUUGCGAUAUCCGACGGUGCAAACAACCUAGGGAGCAUCGCAUGGGGUACGAAGAUACAUGGCCUGAGGUGCCGAAACCGUGACCAUGACGAUGAUUGAGCGAGCGAAGAGUCACCACGAGAGACGAACACGCGCAGCGAUGCGUCUAAUAAGCUUAACCAGAAAGAACAGCGAGUUUCGCACACGACAUGGCUUCGAUAUCGACACGCCAGCGAGAAACCUCCGUCGCGAAGACGAGAACGUGGUGGGGAAGAGCAGAAGCACACGGUGCAUACGUGUGCCAAGCACCGCACGAGCUGAUGAAGCAUAUAAGCAGGAAGCAUGGCAGUCGUAUACCAAGGCAUGCAUUAUUCGAUAUAGCGAUGGGGUUGGCGUUUACGUUGGGUUCUGCAUCCACAUAGGACAGGUGACAACACCGGCGUUCGAAGUGCUCGACGCCCACUUUUAGUGCUGUACCAGUACCGAACAAAUCUAAAUCUAAAUGUAAUAAAUUGAUUACCUACACGUUCU